UGACACGGAACUUGCAAGUGAACCCCAUUCAAUCCCAGACAGCACUCAAAAGUUUCUGGAGAGUAAGGGGCAGCGCUAAACGGCGGGCGGAGAGCUUGAAGGGAGGUAGCCACUGCGGGAUGUCGAAACCCAAAGCCAAAUCUCGGAAUCGCGUGCCAGACACCCAGAGGAGGGCAGAUCAGAUCAGACGAUGCUGGUCACUUCGUGGGACCGUGGUGGGCAUACAAAUGGUCAACUGUUCCCACCGUCUCAACUUGCGGCCUCUCUUGCUCGGACUUCUGAGUUUCUGUAGAUCAUCUUUUCACGUUCCUUUCACAUUCUUUUCCUGUUCGUCUCAUCUGGACGCUUUAUUUUCCAAAUCACCACACUCUUUUUUAACAAACAACACACCCGCUCGUAGCCGGCCUAGGAACAAUGUUCGCUUCUACCAUCUUUCUAUCACUCGUCGCCGCCGCCGCGGCCGCUUGCGACGGCACCACCCCCAAGAACAACACCGGCGCCGUUUCCCCCGGUACCAAGGCCCAGUGCGCCCUCCAGUUCGAUGGCCGCAUCCCGAAGACCUUCAAGGCUGCCGACUUUGACAGCACCUCCAGCCCCUUCAACACCGCCAAUGUGUUCGGCAAGGGCCUGAAGUUCAGCGAGAUUGUCCAGCUUCCCGGCGGCAACUCCCUGUUCGACGUCAACUCCACCCAGCCCUUCGAGGUCACCAUCAACGACAAGUCCAUCUUCGCCCCCAGCGAGACCAACGUCCAGGUCGGCUUCCGCCGCGCCGAGAUGCUGCCCCUCAGCAACGACGGCAAGGACGCCUCGACCCAGGGCAUCAAGACCCUUCACUUCUCCCUGCAGAAGGAUGCCCAGCGCCCCCUGAACCUGUCCCACGAGUACCAGCUCGUCUUCCUCGAGAGCGCCGACUUCAGCACCAACCAGGUCGUCCUCAAGACCGGUACCAUCCUCGGCCAGAACACCGCCGACCCCGACACCCUUCAGCUCUUCGGCAACGUCAACUCCAGCCCCGUCCCCGAGCUCUUCAAGACCAAGUUCACUGCCGGUGUCUUCCACAACUUUGCCAUCAAGCUCGACUUCACCAAGAACACCACCGAGGUCUUCUACUCCCAGGGCAACUCCGCUCUCAAGUCAACCGGCGCCGCUGUUGCCAACAACAUUGCCGGCCAGGGCCAGUACCACUUCGGUAUGCUCAAGAAGCCCGUCAACGGUGGCUCCGACAUCACCAAGAGCGGUGACCAGCCCACCGGCAUCAACGAGGGUAUCAUCUACGGUGGCAUCUUCCAGGAGGACAGCUCCGCUGACUGCAUCUCCCUCUCCCCCUAAAUCAAGCAUCACUAAGAGACCAAAGAGAUGUGGCGCGACGACGAGGUGGUUACGGAUUGAAGG